AUGAAUGCUAUUCCUGACUUUGGGGCUUCGAUUCCAAAUUUUUUUAAGUCUGCUUCGAUGGGUGAUAUCCCCGCAUUGGAUAUGAAAGCUUUGUUUAGAAUGGUUGUGCUCGGUCCAAGCUUUUCAGGAAAGAACAAUCUUUGUAUGUUUAUUCUCAAGCAUUCUCCUCACUAUCUCCGGGAAAAGUUGGAAGGAUUCAUCACAUUUGCUGACCCAGAUAGCCCUUCUAAAGUAGAUCAGGUGCCAAUGAUAAACUACUUCAGAAGAAUAUCUUCUCUCAUUACUAUACACGUGGGGGACACUUUAACCCAAUGA